CUCUCAAUAGCCGGACUAUAUCAUCUGAGAAGCCAAUUGGCAUCCCGCGACCACACAUAACCAAAGAUGCAUGCCCUCCGAACGAGAGCGGCUUGCGUAGCCAGGCGAACACGGCCGACAUCUCUACGAAUAUCGCGCUCCUACGCCUCCGACGGCCAUAAGGAACCCGGCCACGAAGAUCACGGCCAUAAAGAAUCUAGCCAUGACGACCACGGCCACGAUAGCCACGGACAUGACAGUCACGGGCACGACCACCACCACGCCCCCGAAGUACCCGAAGGACUAGGCUCCGGCUUCUACGUCUUCGCCGCAGCGGCGCCCUUGAGUUUCCUCGGAUACCAGCUAACGCGGCCGGGCGCCAACGGCGAGCCCUCGACCGUGACGUCCUGGAUGCGGAACUUCGACUACUUCAACGACUACGAGGAGCGCAACGCCCUGCGCAGCAACUACAUCGACCAGGCCUCCCACGACAAGCACCUGUUCCUGUACUCCGGCAGGAACCCGCACGUCGAGCUGAAGAUGCCAGAACUAAUCGACUCCGGCUCCCCGUGGAAUGUACCCGCAGGCUUCUACCCCAACCUGAGCCACCUAACCGAGCACUACCGAAAGCAAGCGGCCGACGAAGAGGAGCGGAAGUACAAGAAGUUCCAAGAGAUAGCAGCGAAAGCCGCAGCAGCAGCAGAAGAAGAGCAGAAGAAGGAAGCCGCGGCGUGAGGAGUGAAGAUGUACACCGAUAUAUCUAUAAAUACCUACAUACUACUAUCCUUGUGCAAUGGACAGACGGACGUACAUAGCAUAUUAGAGAUGAAGAAUCCAACGUGCGGGUUCCUACCUAGGGAAUAGGCGGCCGCUUUUUGUUUUGUUAUACUGGGCUGUUCCUGAGUGUGUUCGCAAGCGGGUGACAUGUUGCCUUGUAUUCCCCGGUCUGGUUUGGAGAUAGCUUAUCAAAACAGGUCCUAGUAGCAAGUGUAGUGGUCUAUAAGACCUGUGACAUAUGGAUAUCUUUGCCAGAG